UCCAACCGUCAUGUUAAGGUAAAGCAGAAAAGUGCAGUGCUGAACAUGCUAAAGAAGUUGGACAAAAUAAGGUUCAGAGGACACAAGAGAGACGAGUUCCUUGAUUUAGCAGAGUCUCCAAAUGCUUCAGACACUGAAUGUGGAGAUGAAAUCCCAGUGAAAAUACCUCGAACAUCAACUCGAGACAAUGAAGAGCUGAGAGACCCUGCUGGUCCAGGGACCAUCGUCAUGGCUUCAGGAGUCCAGGAUUUUAACAGAACGGAAUCCGACAGACUGAAUGAGAUCAAAGGUCACCUGGAAAUAGCCUUACUGGAAAAACACUUUUUACAGGAGGAGCUCAGGAAGCUGAGAGAAGAAACAAAUGCUGAAACAUUAAGGCAGGAGCUAGAAAAGGAACGGCAGAGGAGAUUAGAACUAGAACAAAAAGUCAAUGAAGUACUUAAAGCAAGGGCGGAAGAAGUGCCUGCAGCUCAGCAACCUGCAAAGCAACAGACGCAAGCCAACGGAACAGAUAAGCGUAGUCACACAGUCUGUUCGAAAAUCCAGAAGUGGUUUUGUGACAAAUUUGGGGAGUAUGUUGAGGACUUCAGAUUUCAGCCAGAAGAGAAUACAGUGGAAACGGAAGAGCCACUUAGUGCUAGAAGGUUGACUGAAAAUAUGAGAAGAUUAAAGAGAGGUGCCAAACCUGUUACUAAUUUUGUGAAGAAUCUUUCUGCCUUAUCAGACUGGUAUUCUAUCUACACUUCUGCUAUUGCCUUUAUUAUUUACAUGAAUGCUGUAUGGCAUGGCUGGGCCAUUCCUAUGUUCUUAUUUUUAGCAAUUUUGAGGUUGUCCCUAAAUUACCUCAUAGCCAGGGGUUGGAGGAUACAGUGGAGCAUUGUGCCUGAAGUUUCUGAACCCAUGGAACCUCCAAAAGAGGACCUGACCGUGUCUGAAAAGUUUCAGCUUGUUCUAGACGUGGCUCAGAAGGCACAGAACCUUUUUGGCAAGAUGGCAGACAUACUGGAAAAAAUUAAAAACUUGUUCAUGUGGGUCCAGCCAGAAAUAACACAGAAGCUCUACAUUACUCUAUGGGCAGCUUUUAUUGCAUCCUGCUUUUUGCCCUACAGGAUUAUUGGGCUUGCAAUGGGACUGUAUGCUGGAAUCAAGUUUUUCCUUAUUGAUUUUAUCUUCAAACGAUGCCCUAGACUAAGAGCUAAGUAUGAUACUCCAUAUAUCAUCUGGACAAGUCUCCCGACAGAUCCUCAGCUCAAAGAAAGGUCUAAUGCUACAGUGUCGAGACGGGCAUCAUUGUAUUACAGUUACCCUAAAAGCUGGAUGCUUCAAACAGCAGCAUCCAGAAGUUAUGUGGGCUCAAGCGCCCCAACUGGAAUAAGCAAAGACGAAGACACAAGUCGUUUUCAUACCACCAAGAGGGGGAAUUUCCAUGAAGUUUUUAACCUGUCAGAAAAUGAGCGUCCUUUGGCAGUGUGUGAAAAUGGCUGGCGCUGUUGCUUGAUUAACAGAGAUAGGAAGAUGCCUACAGACUACAUCAGGAAUGGAGUUCUUUAUGUCACAGAAAAUUACUUGUGCUUUGAAAGCUCCAAAUCUGGCUCAUCUAAAAGAAAUAAAGUUAUAAAGCUAACGGAUAUAACAGAUAUUCAGAAGUAUAAAGUGCUCUCUGUUCUCCCGGGAUCAGGGAUGGGUAUUGCUGUAUCAACACCAUCUACACAAAAACCUUUGGUGUUUGGUGCCAUGGUACACAGAGAUGAAGCUUUUGAGACAAUUUUCAACCAAUACGUGAAAAUAACCUCUGUAUCAACAAGCAGUGAGAGCUAGUAUCUUGUCUUAGAAGAUCUAAAGGAAACUUUCUUAUUUUACAACUUGGUGGUGAAAAAAAAAUGAACAUCCUCAUCUAUUUUGCAAUAAUUUUUCUUGUCUGGUGGUUUAUAUUCUGUCUGUUACAUAAAUCAAGUGUAUUUUAUAUAUGCCUUCAUGUUUGUUUUUAAGGUUUUUGUAAAAAAAACAAAAAACAAAAAACAAAAUGAAACAAAACAGUGAAAGUGCUAUCAUCACUAUUAGCCUUGCACAUUAAGCACUUUUAAUGUUUAUUUACUGACAUUAAAAGCUGGGAAGAUACUUGGAGAACUGACUAAAUAACAAAGUGAAACAGAUUGAUCCCUUUAACUCCACUGGUAUCACUAGGGAUAUGUUUGUCCCUUUAUCUUAGUUAUUUUUCCCUGAGAUGUGAGAAUGAUGACUGCAGGAGCCUGAAGUCUCUCUCUUCAGCUCAGAGUUUUUAAUUGGGUUCUUUAUUAAAACUGAUAGCGACACCAAGGAAGUAUUAUCAUCCUAGUAUUUCCAUAUUUAUAACUGCACUUAAAAUAACUCCUUCUUGCUAAUUCUUGCAUUGCAGAAGGAUAUUUUACUGGUUUGGUUAGGUUUAAUUUUUCCUGUGUAGACGUUUAAAUUGCUUGUACAGUGAAUUGGAGGAGAAAGUUUUGUAACUAUAUCUUCCUUUCCUAAUUAACCAAAGUAAGAGGAAGGAAGGCAGGCAGAUACUUUUUAUAAAAGAGGGCACGAAAAUGUUGUUCCUAAAAUGUUAGGCAUCGUAUAUUUCUGUAUAUACUUGUCAUAGAAGGGCUCAACUGUUGUACAUGUUGUAUGUACAAGGUGUUUGUAUGUUAAUGCAUUAAAGACUUGCAGGCUUUUUGUGUUGGGGGAGGUGGGAAUAAUUAAACUAAAGUGAGAUGACUUUUUUUUUAAUUUGGCUUUUCUCUUGAGUUACCUUGUAAUAAAAUAACACUAUAAUAUAGCAGCUGAAAGCACUAGUUCCUUUUCAAAGCAUAACUUGAGGGGCAUUGGUAUGUUGCUGUCUUUCCCCUUGCAAAAUUAAAUUUUAGUAACAAUUAAACCCAACUGCCAGGUAAAACAGGAAGGCUGUGCUCCUUCUCUAAACUCUCUCAGGCCUUUCUAGCAGCAAAGCACAUAUUGACCUUUGUCUUUAAUAUUAGAAAGCUUUUAUACUCUAUAUAAUAGCACCCAUCUGAGAGGUUUAGAAUUUUAUUUGCGUUUGCAUGAAAGCACAGUAGGAGUUAAGCCAAGCCUUCCAGUAUGUCUUUUGAGUUGAGUAGUAUGGAUGUCUCCAGACAUUAUAUGAAUGUCCCCAGAAAAAGCAAUGGAGAUGCAAAUUCUUACGUAAAAAUGGGACUUAAUUUCAUGGAUUUUUUUUCUCCUUUUUUAAACAGGAAUUUUCUUUCUUUAUAGGGAAAGGGGUAAAAUGAAGGAGGGAGAGAGGAGGCAAACACCAAAGGGUGUUUAACUCUUAGCACAGUUUUUAAUUAAAGUCUCUCAACAAAUGCAGCAGUAAUGAAGAAGGUGGCAGUCAAACUGUACAAACCUUAUUUCAGUCUGGCCGUGAAGAGAUAUGAUAUGAAGAACUUAAUAUGAACUUGAUGUGAAGAAAUACUGUUGAAUACUGUGAUUUGGUUGGGUAUUGUAUAGUGAAACACUGACGCAGUACAACUAUGUGCCCUGGGUGGAAAUGUCAACAAGAACGGGGGAGAAUCCACUGCAAUGGCUAAAAUGCUAUUUUUGAGUUCUCCCUUUAGAGCAGCACUUCAUGUCUUUACAUGACCUGAAAAAGGGGUGCAUUUCUAACACCUCUUUAGCUAUGGUGUAACUUAGGACCUGAAAACUUAAAAUAUAAGUGAAGCUGGUGGGAAAUCCAUUUUGCCACCAUGUAAUAUGGAUGUAGCUUGACAGUUUAUGGUUUCUUCACUUUAUACAUUCAGGUUUUAUGUUUAAGUAAAAAUCCUUGAUCUUUAAUUUUUCUCAUCAAACUUACUUUAAAAAUCAAUUAAUCUCUUUUUGUAAUUGCUGUGUAUUUAUCAUUUGGCUUUCCUUUCUAGAAGCUUCCUUGAAUAGUAAGUGUGGCUAACAAAUAGGCAUUAAAAUAGCUUAACGUUAUAUAAAUCUUAAUCAGAUUCAUUCAUUUUGUCUUAAGAAAAAAUCCCUUGGGUGUGUUUAGGGUUAUCCUUUUUUUUUUUUUUGAAGAAACAGAAAACUAUAUUUUUACAGAGAGCAUGCUCUUUUUCUUAUUUUUGUAUCAUUUUUCAAGUGUAAUUUAUACCUUCACACUGAUCAUAACAGCAGUUUCAGUAGGAAAUCAUUUGACUUGCACUUAUUACCUCCUUCACUGGUUGACCCUAGUAUAUAGGGUUGUCCUAGAUUCUGGUUCCCGGAGGAGCUAUAGGUCCGAUGCUGAUGGUGCCAGGACAAUUAACCAUACCUAGGCUUUGGAGAGGGAGAAAAGAAAUUAUCCUUUUCCCAGACUGAAAUGCCUCAUGUGUACAAUAUGCUCUUAAAUUUUUGUUUUCUGGACAAAGACAUUGGAAACUUCUUAUAAAAUCUAAUGUGUUGACGUUUGAAAUUAAUCUGCACUUUAACAGUGUGAACGUAAAAAUUAGCACUUCUUAAGGCAGUAAACCUAGUGCAAACUGCAAUGCAACAUUGUUUCAUUCUAAUAUAUAGAAAACAGACUGGAUUUUUUUUUUUAAAAGUAGAGUUGUAAUAUAACUGACAAACAUCUUUGUACAUAUUUUGCAAAGUUCACUUUACAUUGGGUUGUCUCCUGCUACAUAACUGCUCCUGUGGCGUACAUAACAUCAGAGAUGCUAGAAGAUAACCUUGGUGUGUUUGCUCGCAGGUACUCCUGCUACACCCUCACAGGUUUGGAGGGCAGGAGGGGAUGGACAGUGAGUAAAUAUAUACUUGACUUGUGUAAUUACACUGAAGUUCACCUUAAAUUCCAAUCUUCCUACGUAGUUUUGCAGUACAGCCUGCUGUACUUCAGUAACAGGCUGAGUCAUACAACUUAAUGUAAAGUGCUACUUUCUAAUAGCAGAAAGUGAUGUUCUUGUCAUUCUGUCUGUCUGCUGUUUAUAUUUGCAAUUCUGUUGAUGUCUGUGGUUCAUUGCUGGAUCAUUGACGUGUAAUUGGAUUUAACUUCUUUAGAAGUGCAUUGGUUAGUUCGAGUCCCUUUUAAAGAGAAGAAGGGAGAUGAAAACUGACUGCUUUAAUUCUUUAUCGGUGACCAUUUAAAUUCAAAAGGCAAAAAAAGCUGAAAUAUGAAAUCAUGCCUUUCCAUGCACUGUAGCUUUUGUGAGGCAAGAUUGAACGAAACAAGCUGUUUAUUAGCAACAUCACACAGGACUCCAGCAGCAAAACCUUACCCUUGUUCCUGCAGACAAAGAGAAAAGAGAUUUUACCCAAUCGUGAAGAGAUGAAAGGAUGUACUUUUUUUUGGCUACUUAAACUUGUAUUAAAAACACUGGUAGUUUUUAUUGAAUUCUGUACAUUUUGGCAGAUGUUUAAUUUCUACUAAUCACUGAAAUAUAAUGGAUGUUAAAAUUUUUAUGUCUGAAGUUUGAGUCUAUAUUUUGAAGUUGUAAAUAAUUCAUUAUCAGUGUAACUUUUGUUUGACAAAAGACUUAUACUGUAUGAAGAAUUGAAAUAAUGAAAUGAUUUGCCCUGUACAUUUUUUAAGAAAAUCUUGUUUGUUUAAAAAGUCUUGUAUAAAUUAUAAUUUUUAUUUAAAUAAACCUAAAAAUGCUUUGUGCUAA